AUGGCGGACACGUUUUGUUUACACGAAUUUUAAUUUUAGUUCCAACCUAAAAUAUAUUUUGAUUUUAUUUUUAAAUAACUAUUUCAUUGGUUAAAAUAUAUUUAUUUUAUAACAAUAUUAUUACGUUUAAUAUUCUUUGAAAUUUAUAAGGCGUUAAUCUUUGAACAUAUUUAAAUUAUUUAAUAUGCUUCAGUGUGUAGCUUGUGGGUGCAAUAACCAACCUUGUAUAGCUCGUGAAGAUGGACAGCAAGAAGAAAACGAAGAGGAGAGUAAAGUUACAUUCCAUAGGUUUCCGAAGGAUGCAGCGAGACGGGCUGCGUGGAUCCAGGCGGUCCACAAGAAGAACUGGAGUCCGACCACGAACAGCGUACUCUGCUCGGACCACUUCACGGAGGACUGCUUCGAUAGGAUCUCCAGCUUCAUGGUCAGGAUGCGGGAGUACGCCGUGCCGUCUGUGUUCCCGGCCUUCCCGGACCACUUGAAGAAGAAAGUGGAGCGUCUCAAGAACCAGUUCGAAAAGGAUUUUAUACUGCAAUGUGAACGGGAGAGCCAGAAAAGGCAAGAGUCUCUGCUUGCCAACAAACAAUGUCAUAAAAAAAAGACAAAGCAAGAAGUGCAAUCUUCAAAUUGGAUGAAGUACCCUGAGGAGCCACAAAUUAUUCUGCAAGAAAUGUUUCCACCAAACAUGUGCAGAAUUUGCGCUGAGAUUUGUAGAGAUGUUAUUCCCAUUUUUGGAGACCCUGUCAAAGAGGAAGAAUUGGUUAUGAAGAUCCAUACUCAUCUCCCCAUCAUGGUCACUGCCGAAGACCUAUUGCCGGUUAGCAUAUGUAGAGACUGCCUCAAGAAGUUGGAUAUUUGCCACGAUCUUGUUACGACCUGCCUGAAUGCGGAUUUAACAUUGAGGCAGAUACUGAAUUUUCCAAGCAAACAGGAAACGGACGGCGGUCCAGAACAAGCGCCUGCCGGGAAGGAAGCUUCCAGGGAGGACGGGACAGAGCCGACGUCAGGGGAGGCCUACUCCCACGAGACGAGCGACGCCCAGGUGGUCGGCGGGAAGGCGUGCCCCCAGCACCGGGAGGGUGACCGCUUGUUCCCCGGCACGAGGCGCGGGGUGCAGCUGGAGCGACAGUACGUGUGCCCCACGUGUGGCAAGGCGUUCCGCGACGGCUCCGCGCUGCACCACCACCAGGACAUCCACCGAGACAUCAAGUACACGUGCAAGGAGUGCGGGAAGGUGUACGGCAACCGCAGCGGGCUGUACUGGCACGCCUGGACGCACCGCAACGCCACGUUCCUGUGCCCGGUGUGCGGCGAGCUGGUGCGCAAGGGCAGCUCGGUGUACACCCACAAGAUGAAGCACGCAAGAGCCUGUCAUUGGUGCGGAGAGAAGUUCAGCGACUGGAAGCUACUGAAGGCACACCUAAACUCGAGACACAAAUUCUGUCCCAACAAGUGCACCUGCUGCACAAAGCUGCCCCCAGAUUCAGACUGGAAGUCAGAUGUUCUUGCAUCACCGUGCGAGGACCAGUGGAAGUGCGAGUAUUGCGUGCUGGCGUUUGCCAGCCGGUCCGCCCUCAACAUUCACCUGGCGCGCAAGCACAGGUGCCACACCUGCCUGCAGUGUUUCAAGAACGAGUUCGAACUGAACGCCCACGAGUGCACGCUUAGGAGAAAAGGGAACCCCAGAGUAAAAGAAACCAGGCGUCGCAAGGUCGCAUCGGCGCCUGCGAAGCAAGAGAUGCACAAGAUUUUCACUUGUGAUUGGUGUGGGGAUGUGUUCUUCCAUAUCUUCCGCUACUGCAAGCACAGAGGGAAAUGCAAGAGCUUGCAGAAAUGGGAGUGCCAGAAGUGUGGUAAAGUGUCGAGGGAUAGGUACUGGUUCAUGGUGCAUAAACAGCUCCACGGCAGCCGAAAACCGUACCGUUGCCGCAUUUGCAGCAAACGAUUCAGGUUUGUGAAUCUCCUUAAGAAACAUUCUGUUAUCUCACAUCCUUUAUUGGGCCAUUUAGUUGCAGGAUUGUGGUGAAUUGUUUUGGAAGUAACAUCUGAAUAUCUGUAGAUAGUCUGAGACUUAAAAUUGUUUGAACUAUGGUAGAAUCAAUCUAACAGGAUGGCCACCCGACUGAUAUAAUCAAGGAAAUUUGAUUUGGCAGUAAAUCUUGUUGGUGCUAGGAAAUCCAUGAGGAAUCCAUAAAUUCAUGAAAGCCAUUGGGCAUUAUCUGUUUGUCUAGCAAGUUGAAAUCAGCUUUAUUGAAAAACUGUGCGUCAUACCAUUUUUGAGUAGUGUACACACCGUACCUACAAACUGCAUCACUUAUACCACUUUUGACCACUGGCAUUUACUACCUGAACCUCAACUGUCUUUUUAUUUCGUUGCAUCUUGUUACUUUCUUUCAGUUCUCACUCCAAAAAUAUGGCAGAUGGUAAAUAUGUGAUUUGACAUGUUAAAAACUGGUAGGAACUCAUUGAUGGAAGACCCUUAAAUUGUUAAACACAGAAUGCAACACUGUUAAUUAAUGUCAGGAUUAUUUUUUCCUUCAUGUUUGGUUAUUCUUAAAGUAUCUGCCAGUUUUCUAGUCAGUCAUGACUUUGUGAGAGAAGCCUUACAGACACACAGGUAAUAAGUAUCUUGUGUACCCUGACGUCGUCCGACCGAAGGCCACCCUAAAGCCCGACCUGCAACCUCCAGUAUUCAACCCCGCUAACGGAACGCGCCCCUAGCCAUGGCCCACCCGAGUCAGGCGAGCCACCAGCAACCAAGGUAGAACCCGGCCCCAUAAUAAACAGACCGACAUUACAGUCGGUCUGUUGAUAAAACACACACAGAAUAUAAACAACAUUACGUAUAAAUUAAACGUUCGCUUAACGAAAGUGCGACGUAGGAGUGCCCGGGCACUCACGUGUGUAAAUGUGUCGAUACGUGUGUGAGUGUCCCCUGGCGGCCUUCUGCCUAGGUUAGUUAAGUAAUUCAUGUGACAUAAUUAUUAACCCCUCGUGUGUCGUUAUUACCCCCCACCGUAGCAGUCCGGCAAGAGACGAACAGUCUCUGGUGUGACGUAUAAUUUAAAGGACAUAAUUCGUAAACAUACUAACUCUAAAUGGUAGAAGGGAUGAGUAAUGUUAAUUUAGCCUUAAUAAUUAAUGUAGGAAUUUAGUGCCCUUAAAAUCUCUUAUUAACGUGUUAAAUUAGAAAAUAAAGUAAUGAGGUCAACCCUGGCGCGAGGGGCACCGAGCCUCGGCCGGACGCCAUGACAUCACGCCAGUACAGCGCGACUCGUGGACCGGGGCGGACGCACGUCCCACGGAGAGACAUCAUCCAUUGUCUGCAUUGAACUCAUUUCUGGUAAUUAUAGUCACUUCCUCGAAACCUCUUUUUACUAAUCUCUCCGUGCGUACCCGGUCCAAUUUUCAGUGCAGGACUCAAUCCGGCCGCAUAAAUUUGAAAACCCCCUGCAGCACACUUGGUCUGCGGGGUAGUUUUCAGUAUACGGCACGGGCCGCCUCCCGAACCACAGAACUUGAACUAAAACCAGUCGCCCCGGCGCUGACACCACCCCGUAAGGGAACUUGGACGAAUUUAGCUGCGGUCCACGCUCCACUACAGUGGACGUGAACACCGCCUCGAGACAUUGAUAUACGGGAUUGGCCGCCUCCAAUCGCCCUCACCCCUCUUUUGGGUAACCAGGCUCAGAGCCGCCUAGUGCCACGCUAAUACGUAACAUUAGUAAUUUUGUGCGACGCCUUGAACCUGGAACGUUCUUGAGUAAACUUGUGCGACGCGCUACCACGUAACAUUCAGUAAACUUGUGCAACGCACCAUCACGUAACAUUUUUGUAAACUUGUGCCACACCUUUAUUACGUAACUUUUCAGACUAACUUUGUGUAAUUGUGUAACUUAUGUAUUGUGUGACGUCACCCUCUGUACGACGUGGUGUGUAAUCAACGGAAUUACACCAAGCCCACAGUCGCAUGAAUAAAUGACGCACGUCAUUUGUUGCAUUACUUCAGCGCCUAAUCAAUUAGCCAUACGACUCCCAAACACCACCAAGUAGGGAAUUCCUUGCAUCCCACGCAACACCGCCGACGGUCCUAGUGGGCCACGCAGGGGCAAUCGACCCCACGACCCACCUAUCGACUAGAAACAGAGCUAGUCUGGCGCCCACCCGGAAACACUACAUCGACAACAGCCAUUCCCGCUAGGAGCCGCACCGGGACUCGAGCCCGAGACCCCGGACGACGGCAACCCAUCCAGUAGGUGUGUAACUGAGAACCAUGCACUAGUUGUUCAGCAAAUGCCUAUCAUUUAAUGAUCAUCAUAUAGAAGCAAGUUUUUUUUUAUUAUUAUUAGAGAGCAUUAAUCACCACCGUUUCUUCAGGAGGCAAAGGUGGUAACUUACACACUUUUUCAAAAAUACCUGUGUUGAAGAUGUUAUUUGAACCAGUGACCACGUGUAUACCACAAGUACUGUCUUUAUUGUGAAAGAGUAAUACCCUUGAACUUGAAACUGUGAAAAAUGUAAUACACGUGAUAUACUUUGUUAUAAACUUAUAGCUGUGUAUAACGUUUGCUAUAAUUAUUCUUUUACUUGAUGUUUUCAUAUUAAAGCAACAUGCAAAUGCUUUAAUUUUGUUUUCAGGAUCAUUACUUUAUUAUUUUUUGAUUAUAAAUUUACAAUCUUGUUAUUUAUUUCAGUGUAAAAUUUGAUGUGCAAUAUUUUAUUAAUUUUGAACUUCACUGAGAAGACUUUGAAAAACCUUGAAAAAAGAUUGGAAUUUUUUACUGCCAGUAAAAUUGCCACCCUAACUAAUCCUGGUUCCUCUUUCCUCUUUCCUCCCCACCCCAGGGUUCAUCUCUGGAAUUAUGGCUGAUUUAACAGUGGAGGUCCCAUCUCCUUAAGUUUCUGUGCAUGUCAUGUGAUGUAAAAAAAAAAACUUUUGAAUCGAACUUUUGCAUUAAUGCAUUUAACAUUUUCAUGGAGUGUUACACUUUUUUAUGGCUUCAUGUACAGCAAUUAAAAUAUAAUUUUCCUUCCCCCCCUUUCUCCUUUUUAUUUUCAAUUUCCUACUUUUCACACUAUUAAUCUGGUCUCAUAGAAAAUGAAAACAAAAAACUGUUUAAUCGUGUUCGUAGGCUUUCGAGGCUAGAGUUUUUAACAAUUUUUGGCUUUUGGUUGAGAUCACAUUUUAAGAAUUUCCUGUGUACCCAAUGGGCCUCAAAAGUCAAGAAUGGUCGUGAAAAACAGUUGUAAGAAGAAUUGUAUUUUUGAUUGAUUUUUGCAAUGUGGAAGAUAUUUUUUUGGAUACCCCAUUCCUGGUUACUACAGUGUAUUUUGUAAGACAUAUUGAUAACGGAGGAAAAGAAAUGAAUAUGCAAACACACAGAAAACAAGGAAAGUCAGCCAAUAUUAAAAGUUAAAUGCUAAAUCAGCACAGAGAAUUCUGUGGAAGGAAUGAGUCAGGAAAGUAUCACAGCACAGAUGAACACAGUGUAAUGAUGAUGUGACCAUUACAAGAGUGAUAACGCAGAUACACUGGCCAACCCUGCAAUGUGACUAAGCAGAUAUAAUGGACACUAAAAGGACGACACCACAGGUGAAUACAGUAGGCUUUCUAAGAUAAAAUAGUUACAACGUUCCGGGAACUGAGAGCUGUUCCCAUCCUUGGGCACAAACAGACUGAUAGACACUGGAAAACAACUUUGUGUUGGAUCCCCUCUCCUGGCAAGGCCAAAACAGGUGAGCAGUUUUCUGAUUGGUGUCACACCUGAGAGCUGAUGUAUUCCUGCAAGGGUAGUCCAUUUUAAAUUGUUUUUUCUGGUAAAUUAAUGUCUGAUAAAUUUGAAGGUUUCUUAUAUUUUUUUAUUUCAAUACUUGGUUGACCAUUAUUGCUGACAGUAAAUAAACUGCUUCCAUCCUGUGGCCAGGUCAGCAAAGUAAAAGGUCCACAUCUACUGACACUCCACCAUUCCUCCUUUACUCAUUUCCAUUUUUCUCCUCUCUCCUGCAUUCCUUUGACAAUCUGCUUUUCAUUUGUCGUCUUUGGUCAUCCUUUUGGCCUUAUUUUGUUUUAUUUCAUCUUGCAUAUUUUCCUAGGCAGUCUCUCUUUCCCCAUUCUUAUCUCAUUGCCUUACCACAUUCUUGCUUUUCAAUUAUCUCAUUAAAGUAAUGUACUUUUGCUUGCACUAUCUCAUUACUGAUCCUGUCUCGCUGUGUAACUCUUAACGACUCCUAAUUUAACUCAACUUAUUGCUCUGAUUUUCCCAGCAUCUCUUAAUAAAUGACUAUGAGUACAUAGUAAGUAUUGCACAACUUUUGUUUGCAUUUUAAUGGCACUUUACUCUUCCACACCAAAUCUCUCACAUACCUGUAGAAUGCAUCUCCUUAGAUACUUAAGGUUUCCACCUGUUUAAUCUCGACACCAUCUAAUUCAUUGCAUCUGCUUACACCAUUUUUGUUUCUCAUUACAGAAAUUAAAUAUAUUUGAAAAGUUAAAUAUACAGAAUGGGAGUGUAAUGCAGUCCCUAGUUCCAAGAAUUAACUUAAGGUGCUCCAGAAUAGGUGGGGGGUUGGGGUAACAAUGCUGUUAUAAGUAGUCCCCAUGCGGUGGACAGGUGAGCAAUGGGGCUUUGUGGUGGAGACCUGUUUUUAAAAAAUGGGGUAAGUGUAGUAGCAAUGCAGAGGGCCUUUCACAGGCAAUUCAAUUGAAAUAGUCACGACAUUGUUCUUGACUCUUAAACCAUACGGAAAUGGAUCAGUAAUGUAAGGUCGGCGGGAUCUGCAAUUCCUAAAAAACUAACUGGGCGACCUAAAAGUUUGGCAGUUAGAGCAUUAAUUGAACAUGAUGUCGUCCAGACCAUGGCUCUAAGCCCGUGCUCCGCACCGUUUGUACCAGAUCCUGUUUUUGGAGCGCACCCCUAGCCCAGUGGGAAUGAGUUAGGCGAGCGCCUCGGGGUGACCACACUAGACAAACGUCAGGGCACGAAACCCCCAACGAACCUCAUUACCAGUCACCGCGGCCACUGGCCUUAAUAAAAGGGCCCGUAACACUGAUCGAGACAGAUUAGGAGAAAUCCCACUAAAACAGUUCACAGUGAGACAAUAUGUUAAUAAAUUUACAGACGCCAACUUGAUGCAACAAUUCAAAUAAUUAAAUACUGACGCCAACCGCCGGUGCUCCUUCUGGUUCGCACAGGCCAGUAUGUCACAACAACACUUACUCUUAAGUGCCUCGAACACGCCCGAGUGUGAUGUCCGCAGAGUGUGUAAAAGUGCCCCGCGACGAACACCAAAGCAACGACAGCGCCCAGCUAGGUGUGGCAAUGCGCCAAAUUAAAUAUGUAAUUAUUCUGUUAAAACAAAAACAACCAAAUUAAAACAAUUAAAAGAUGAUUAAUUUAAGGGAACUUAUGUCCAGUGGUUCAAUAAUCAUAUAUUGUGAAAUAUGUCUUUUGAGUCCAACACUGGUCGGAGCUGUUUUCCCGCGCUUCACGUGUCGAGGCGCGAGGUCGCAGGGCGCCCUCGCGCUCAGUUACCGUCGGGAGCUCGAAGGGGUCGGUCGCUCCGCGAACGCAGAGCCUUCAACUUUCGCGCUACAUCCAAGUCUCAGCAAUAGUGUAAGUUCUUCAUAUCCUUUUUACCAGCUCUGCACCGACCCCACUCACUAAUUACGUAAUUUCAUGUCCAGAGUUUAAGGACAGCGUAAUUGAGUUACGCAGUUUUCGGCUCAAAGCCAAGUAAUCGUUAUCGUUUAAAACUCUUAGCAACGUGUGUCGAGUUCUUACUUGUUAAUUUACGUCUCUUAACUUUCAUCGUAUGUAAAUGUGUAACUUGUAACGUGCAAUCUAAUCGAGUAAUAACCGAUUAAUAAGUGACUGUAACGUGUAUGUUUCUAUCUUACCGGGUCUACGUACUUUUCGGGACUUCAAUAUUUUGCCACAGGUUAGAUUGCAAAUAACUUUAGAACAUUCGUUUGUAUGUGCCGUUUUCCAUGUUAACGUAAAUGCCUGCAUAAGCUGUUGCAUCACAGUAGCUCCGCGACUAUCCACCGCAUCUUUCACGUUGAUAAUCGGCCACUGUAUAAGUCCGUGCAUACCACUUUGCAACCUAUCCUGGUCGCACGCACCGUUUACGCAUAGAGACACGUGCAGCAGCGGUCAGACAACAGACGCGGCCAGUACUGGGACCAGUGAGUGUAGCGGUUCUGAAUAAAUUGCAGUGUUGUGUCAAUCAGUUUACCAUUUAUUUAUUAGGCGUCUUGGGUGGCCUGAACAGCCCGGGUAGGUUCCGAACCGCGACGCGCUCCUGCCUACAGCCACGAGGCCGGACAGCCUAAGUUUCACCCCCAUAGAUCGACAUGCCCUUCGGGCUGGUUCGUACAUGUUCGGUUUUUUUUUUUUUUUUAUCUGUACGUUCAAAACAAACAUUGCAAUAUUGAUCAAAAAAUUGUUGACUAAUGUUAUUUUAUAUUUUUUUAAGAGUAAAACACAUGUACACAAAUAUUUCCUUGUUACUAAUUAUGAGAUUUUCAGGUAAGUUAUUGAGCUAUUUCUGUUUGAUUUGUUAGGAGAUUAGUUUUGUCCGUUUACAAGUUAACAUUGCUUGUGUUAUUCUUGGCAAGUAAUCAUUUCUUAUAUAAAUUUUUGUACACUAUAGGCUUAUCUUUUUAAAUUUUAGGUAGCACAACGUAUAAAAUCAUAAGAAAUGUUUUCUGGUGGUCUGUAGCAGUUAACCGCAUUUAAGUAAAAAUAUUUUAAAAUAAUUGUUACCAGAGCUGAAUUACAUUGAGGUGAGUGCACUUAAUAUAAUUUGGGGUAUUGCAGGAAAAAUUAUAAAUUCCUAAAGUGUUUUUUACUUCCUGACAUGUUUAAAAUUAUUAUUCUCUAUGAGGGUUGUUUGAUACUGCAAGUAGUUUAUCAUGUUUAACAUGUGGAUAGGUUAGGAUUAUUUAUUACAAAUCUGUAAUAUUGAGAUACUGCCCUUGGGUUAGCUGGAUUAAAAAUACAGUGAAAUUUGUUAGGUUAGUAACAUUAUACGUACAGUGAUUCUAAGUACAGUGGAAUUUACAUUUGGUUAGCUUGGGAUAGCACCAAUUAAAAAUUCUGUAAAAUCAAUUGAACGGUUGGAUGUUACUAACCGAAUCUAACCAACCAAUAUACAUUUUACAGUGAUUUUUUAGGUUAUUAUCUCACGUUGCUGCUUUUUGUAUGCAAAAUAAACUUUGGACACUUUUUUUUUAACUUUAAAUAUGUACCUGUAUUUACUCUGAAAAAAGUUUUUUCUAAAUUCAGACUGGUUUUUGAGAAAUCACUGUUUAUAGGUUACAUUACAUUACCUGUGCAGUAAAGGGCCUGUCACCAUGUUGUUCUUUAAUUGAGUUGCAGAUCUUGUUGUUUUUCAUACACAAAUUGUCUAUUUUUUUUAUUUGGAUAUUGCAAUGCAGUAACGUAAAUUAACACAUUAAAAAAGUUAUGUGACUCCUUAUUGUGCAUUCCAAACCCAAAGCAUCAGUCCUUGAGAGCGAUAUAUUUUAGCAGUUUAUAGGUGCAAAAUUCUGAUUUUUUACGUGAGACAACACAUAACCUGACAUAUAAAAUAAAUUUUCAUUUUGUAACAAAUGAUUCCUUUUAUACGUCAGGUUAUGUGCUAUUGCAGGUAACUAAUCUGCGCUUUGCGCCUCCAUACUGCUAUAAAAAAUCCCUGUCAAGGGUUGGCGUUUUGGUUUGGAUACACAUUAGAGACUCGUAACUUUUUUUAAAACUAUUAUUUACGUUUCAUUAGGUUAUAAUAUUCAAAUAAAAAAUAUAUACUUUCUUAUAUAUAUGGAAAACCACAGGAUCUGCUAUGCAAUUAGAGGGGAAAAUGGUAACAGCUGCUUCACUGCAUAAGCUAUCUAGCGUGACCUGCAAAAUGUGAUUUCUUGAAAACCAGUAGGAAUUAAGAAAAGCUGUUUACAGUUUUAAUAGAGGAAGGUUUUUAGUGUCUGAAACAGUAUUUUCAAAAUUUUAUAAUUUAAUUUAUGGAUAAGCAGCAACAAAAGAAAAUUACUUUUUUAAAAUUUAGCUAACCAACCAUUCACAUGAUUUUACAAAUUUUGUAUUGUUUAUACUUACCUAAUUUAACAUUAAACUACUGUUAAACAAUUUAUUUCAAUUUUUUAAAAAUAUAUUUGGGAAUUAGCGCAGUAUAAUCGAAGACGUUUACUGUAUUGAUGAUUGAUUUACUUUAUUGAUGCACAACGAAGUUGUAUAAUUGUUGGAUUGGUUAAGCAAAUUCAAGCAUCAAGGGUACUGAUCAAUGGUUUUUAACAUUAUAUUUUCUUAAUGAAUCCAUUGGUUAAACGUUAAAACACUGGAAUGGCUAAAUUUCCAUCGACUGCUUAUGUUUUUUUCCGCAUGCUCACUUGAAAACAAUUACAGGGUUAUACUGUAGUUCACAGUUGCAAUACUUGGUUAGGUUAGUUACAUAAGUGCUGUUAAAUCAUGAAAAUGGUUAGGGAAAGGUAACUUCUUCAUAACUACUGUAAAAUGGUGUAAGCAAUUAUUCUUUAGGUAAGUUUACCUAGACUUUAAAAAUAAUUUAUUUGGCGAAGUACAUAGUACUAAGAAUUACUAUUUAUCAAAUUUGGUUUGUGUGGAAAAGUUGUUACUCUAGGAAAUUUCUGAAUCCAUCUUUGUAGGAAUAUAAACUAAUAUUAUUAGAAACAAAAAAAGAACAAUGUGUGGUAUAUUUUAAUUUUCUAACACCCUCUGAACUCUGCAGUUAUGCGAUUACCGAUAAUAAUUGUAAAUCAUUGCAAUAUACAUCCGACACAUUUUGUAGUGAUUUCACAACUGUACUAUGAAGUAAUGCCAUCGACUGCUGCAAAAUAACAUGCUGACAUCUAUUCUUGUGUAGGCAUUUUGUUGAUACGACUAAAAUAUGAACAUAUAGGAUAUAUAUAGAAUCUUACAAAUUUUGGUAACCUACCUACUAAUACUCUCCCCGAAGACUUUGGUUAGAUACUUAAAAAAAAAAAAAAAAAUUAACUGCUUAUGUGACAUGCAUUACGUGAAAUUAAUUCAACUUGUAAACAUUUUGCUUGAGUCAAAGCCUAGAUUUGCUUAAGCUAAUAACAAGCAAUUACAUCACUUGAGGCCCUGAGAAACAAACUUCUAAAAUUGUGUAGUUACUUGGAUUGUUAAAUACCUAGUUUUUCUGCAAUAAUGGGCACAAGAGCAAUAGAAUUAUGUUUUUCAUAUAAUUUUUUUUCACAUAAAUGAGUUUUUGUCAAAAAGUAUUUGGAAAAAAUAUCUAUUUGAAAGGACAAAGAAAAAUGUUAAUUGUAGUACAUAAAUGAGAAUUUACCAAAAUAUUUAAUGUAUCAAAUUUCUAACUAAAAUGGUUUUGAAAUUAAUUUAUCAUUCUGGUAUGCAUAACUUUUUUCUUUGAUACAUUUAUUUAUCAGUUUCAUUUCUCUUUAGUACAAUAUAAAUCAUUUAACUUUGAUUUCUUUUUUGUUUCAGGCUUGUGGAGAACAGCUUUUUUUUAUCUACUCUUUGGCUGGCCAAUGUAAAUAAGCAAUGAUUUUGUGAAUGCAGCGAGAGAGUUUUUUUGAUGUAUUUUAAAAUCACUGAUAAUAUUUAUUGAUGUAUUUUAAAAUCACUGAUAAUAUUUAUUGAUGUAUUUUAAAAUCACUGAUAAUAUUUGUUUUGUGGCUGGAAGAUGGUAACCAUGGUGACUUGUGAAUUUUUAUGAAGAUUAAUAAAAAGCAGUAAAAAUUA